AUGCUGUUGCUGCUGUUAUACUCCAUACACCCCAUGCUGCUGCUGGUGAAGGGCUGCAGUACGCACCUAAGCCCUCUGUUGCGUCUCGUUAAGGUUCUUUCUCUAGACCCUUCCCUCUACAUACCGCCGCUGCUGUCGACGCUGCAGCAGUCUCCUCUGCAUUCUCUGCGCUUUGAGGAUGCUGUGGGGCUCUUCUCCGCUCUGGAGGACUGCCGGUGCUGCAGGGGCCUCGAGCCCUCUCUGCAGCGACUUAUAUCAUGGCUCAGCAGCAGCCUGGCUGCUUCGCCGGUGCUGCCUCGUGCUGCUGCUGCUGCGCUGCUGGGGGGGCUGCGCUGCUGCAGGGGGCUGGGGGUCCGCUCCCCGCAGCUUGCUGCUCUGAGCAGCAGCUUGCUGCAGUCGUGGCAGCAGCAGAAGUAUCAGGGGGUAUCUGCUGCUGCACCACACCAGCAGCAGCAACAGCAGCAGCAGCAGCAGCAGCAGCAGGAGACGCUUGCUGCAGCAGCAGCGCAUGCAGACACGCAGCAGCAGCAGCAAACACUAGAAGGGGGGCUUGACGAUGAGACAGAGGUCGCUAUCCUCCAUUCUCUACUGACAGAGGAGUGCUUCUCUGAUACCAUCACUUCUUGCUUCUUUCGCUGCGUGCAGCAUAUAAGAGACAGUAGGCUGGACCUGUCUCCUUUUUUUUUUUAG